AUGUCGUCUAAGAAAGAAGACGGGGGAUAUUUUAUUUGGUCCGAUGAAACGAUCGGAAUUUUUAAUGACAUAUGCAUUCAGUUCAUUCUUAAGAAUGGGAGGGGACAACAAUUUAGGUGGAAGGAGAUGCAAGCUUUGUUUGAAGAGAGAACAAAAAGGAAAUGUUCUUUUAAAAGCUUGAAAAAUAAGUUUGAUUUUAUGAAAAAGGAAUGGCGAUUAUGGAAAUUAUUGAAGCGUGACGAGACUGGUUUGGGUUGGAAUGCAACCACUGGCACGCUGGAUUGUUCAGAUGAAUGGUGGGAAAAAAAAUCUACAGGAAAAAGCAGAAGUUAAGAAGUUCAGGCAUAAAGGAGUUUUGCCGCAUAUUGAAGAGCAGUGGGAUCAAAUAUUUGGGGACUCAGUAGCCACUGGAGUAGAAUGUGUGGCUCCAACGGCUACAAUUUUGGAGAAUGACAAUCAAGAAAAUCACCAAGACACUGUCACCUUGGAGGAUAACACUGAUACUUACGAGGUAUUUAACAGAUAUAAUGCUGAACCAGAUCUGGAAAACUUUUUUCAAGAUUUUAUGAACGAGGCUAGUGGGAAUAUGCCUUCUGCUCCUACAAUUACCACUGUUGAAGAUGCAGGGACCAGUGCCACUAGUAAGAAGCGCAAACUAAGGCAGUCUAAGGGAUCGGUAAAACUAAGUGAAAAUUUAGAGAGGGGGAAUACAUGUCUUCAAGCAAUUGAGCGCCUCUUGACUAAAAAGGAGAAGGUUGAUGAUGAUUGUGUUAGUGUUGGUGAUGUCAUGGUAAUUAUGACCAGAAUGGCUGAGAAUGGUGGGCUGGUGAGGAGUGGUGACUUGUGGUUUCACAGCAUUUGUGUUCUCGACAGUCUUAGUAGAAGACAAUUCUUCAUGAAUUUUAAAGAUGACGAUGAAAGGCUCGACUGGCUGAAGUUUAUGCACGCAAAAGGAAUAUUUUAAAUACAUUUAGUAUGCUAUUUUGACAUAAACAUUUGCAAUGUUAUGUCACCAGUAACAUUUAGGAUACGAAUUUAUUUAUUUAGGUUGGAUAUUUGAUUUUAAUUUUUAUAUGUUGAGAUUCAG